GGAGCUGCAAGAUGGCGGCGCCCCGGAGGGAAGCGUGACUGGCCCGCUUCGCGCGCGGCUUCGGCCCCAGGACGCCUCUCUCGGCUCGGCCCGGCCCUCACCACCCCCAGAGCAUGCAGCCCAAUAGCCCCAGUGAUGAUAUACACCUGAGUGAAUGGCAGGUGAAUCACUUUGCUUAUACCUCUGACACCUCUACACCAGGACAGAAGGCAGAUGCAUAUCGUGCACAGAUUUUACGCAUUCAGUAUGCAUGGGCAAACUCUGAGAUCUCCCAAGUUUGCGCUGCCAACCUAUUCAAAAAAUAUGCAGACAAAUACUCUGCGAUUCUUGACUCUGACAAUCCAGAGAUUGGCUUGAAUAACUUUGCGGAAAACAUUUUGACUCUGGCAAGAAGUCAGCAAAAUGAAAAUGACAAGUGGCAAUCUGCUUUGACGACAGCUAAUGUGAUGGAACUGAAGUGUGUGCAAGAGAUGAUGCAGAAUAGUGAAAUGUUUCAGAGUGCUCUAGUAGCACAUGCAGGCGCUGACAAGGAAGCCACCGCCUCUGUUGCUUCAAGUCUUCCUAAACUCACUCACUGCAGUGGUGAUGGCAAAUCUGUACAUAGGGAUGGCUCAUCAGACUGUACAAGUCAGGAACUACAUAUCCUUGGCAGAGCCCCAGCUUUGAAACCUCAUCAGUUUGGUAUGCUUUCCUCAGCCAAGGCCAGAGCUGCACAUUCUUUUUUGCCAGUGCCUAUAAGUGAAGUGUCUGACAUUACCUCUUGUGCAACUCCAUUGUUUAGAGAUGGUGAAUCAGUGUUUAGUAGUUCUCUGACACUCAUGAGUAACACUGGUUUGAAGCAGAAUUCUUCAUCUUCCACUCAGUCUGCUUUCCCUUCAGAGAUGGGCAACCUGGGGAAAAGGAAAGCAUUUCUUGUGUCGAAUGAAGAAAGUAGCACUACAUCUUCUGCUUUCAUUCCUAAUAAGCCACUUAAUACAGAAGGGAAGACCUUUGCAUGGAGUGGAAGCAAAAUCAAUGAGAACAGAGCACCUGGUUUCAAAACUGCGAAAGAACAGCUCUGGGUGGACCAGCAGAAGAAGCACCAGCACCAAUCAGAGCGUACACCAUUCCCGUCUAGCAGUAGUACAAAAAAGACUUUGGGUCUUUCAAGAUCUCGGGGUGUGUCCGGGAAGUUUGUCCCUCCAACACCAAAACAAGACGGGAAUGAAAACAUGGGGACGCAGUGCAAAUCUUACGGGUCUACAGAGGUGACUUGUCCAACGGAUGAACGGCUAAAGAAUAUAGAGCCAAAAAUGAUUGAACUUAUUAUGCAAGAGAUCAUGGAUCAUGGGCCUCCAGUGAAUUGGGAUGACAUUGCUGGGGUCGAAUUCGCAAAAGCAACCAUCAAGGAGAUAAUAGUGUGGCCUAUGUUGAGACCUGACAUUUUCACUGGUUUAAGGAGUCCUCCAAAAGGAAUUCUUCUGUUUGGUCCUCCUGGGACAGGGAAGACGCUCAUUGGCAAAUGCAUUGCAUGUCAGUCUGGGGCUACAUUUUUUAGCAUCAGUGCCUCUUCAUUGACCUCAAAGUGGGUAGGUGAGGGAGAAAAGAUGGUCCGCGCAUUGUUUGCUGUUGCACGAUUCCAGCAGCCAGCAGUAAUCUUCAUUGAUGAAAUUGAUUCUCUCCUGUCCCAGCGUGCAGACGGGGAACACGAGUCUUCUAGAAGAAUAAAAACUGAAUUCUUGGUCCAGUUAGAUGGAGCAACGACCUCUUCUGAAGACCGCAUACUAGUUGUGGGAGCAACCAACCGGCCGCAAGAAAUUGAUGAGGCUGCCCGAAGGAGACUGGUGAAGAGGUUGUACAUCCCACUUCCUGACAGUUCUGCUAGAAAGCAGAUAGUGACUCGUCUGAUGUCAAAGGAAAAUUGCUCCCUAACGGAGGAGGAAAUUGAUCUCAUUGUUAAAAAAUCAGAUGGGUUUUCUGGAGCUGAUAUGACUCAGCUUUGUAGAGAGGCUUCUCUAGGCCCUAUCCGCAGCCUUCAGUCUAUUGAUAUUACAACUAUUGCACCUGAGCAAGUACGAUCUAUAGUUUUUCAAGAUUUUGAAAGUGCUUUAAAAACUGUGCGCCCCAGUGUGUCCUCCAAAGAUCUCGAAUUGUAUGAUACUUGGAAUCAAACAUUUGGAUGUGGAAGAUAAAAGAAAUUAACUUUGUAUGCUUGAAUUCCAUGAUAACAUUUGAUUUUUAUCUUUAUUUCUAAAAACGUUCAUAGUGUUCUAAUAAAUUUGAGGGGGGGAAACUGGCACGUGGUCGCCUUCCUUCCUUGCUUCCUUUAUUGCUCGAACUGUUAAGCCCUCUGUGCAGACAGAUUGCUUAGUAAGAGAUAUUCAUUACUUUAUACUAUAAUCCUCUGUAUACCUACUAGGAAGCAAAUCUCCUUGAACUCAUUGGGAAUUAGUAAUGAGUAAGCACACAUGCAUGUCCCUGCAGUAAACUUGUACUAUCCUAGUUAAUUACAAGAAUUUUAAGCUGUGGAGUGGCAGAGCCCUUAACAACAGGUAUCAUUGAAGAAGAAAUGAUGUUAAGAGGCUCCACUCAAACACCCAUAUGCUGCAGUUGAGAAGAAGUAAAUCUAUUUUCAUAAUCUUGCACUGUAUCGCAGAAUCAGGACUUGAGUAGGAAGAUAUUAGAGUUCAUCAGUCUUUCAAUAUAGCCUGUAGAAGUCAUUUCUGCUGUCUGCUUUCACACACACACAACCAUCAUAGGAUCUUAGGGCAGUUCACAGAAUAAAAUACAAGAUAAAAACACACCUAAAUAAUUAAAACGGCAAAACAAUAACCCCCACUUCCCACAAGCAUAUAUUAAAAGGCUGUAAAAUAUGAAUCAGCCAAAGGUUACCAGUGUUCUAGGUAUUUAUGACUGCUGAAUUGUCAGCAUAUAGGGAAAUGCUUUGUUUUGAUAUAGUCAAACAAGGAAAAAGGGAAGUGAGGUGGGGGGAAAAUGGUAAGAAAACAGGUAUUGUAAGUGUGAUGUGCAUUUGCAUUGUUCUUCUACAAUGAUUUAUUUUUAUUUUUAGAAAAUUGAAGGCCACCUUUGUGAACAAAACUCUUUAAAGGCAACUUACAAACAAGUAAAAAAACAACCUUAAAUGGUGGUAAGAUGAAAUAUAAUACGGAACUGCCAAUUUAUUAAAUUUGUAUACUGCCCUAUACCCAUAAAUCUCAGGACAGUUCACAACAUAAAAUUACUAAAAUAAAGUAAAGAAGGCACAAAAUACAUAAUAAAAACAAAGACAACCCAAGAAUCCCCCCUUCCUUCCACAACAAAUUUAAAAGUGCUUCAGAUGUUAAUUAGCCAGAGGCCUGGUUAAAGAGGAAGAUUUUCGCCUGGUGUCUAUUGUUGUUGUUGUUUAGUCGUUUAGUCGUGUCCGACUCUUUGUGACCCCAUGGACCAUAGCACGCCAGGCACUCCUGUCCUGCACUGCCUCCCGCAGUCUGGUCAAACUCAUGUUCGCAGCUUCGAGAACACUGUCCAACCAUCUUGUCCUCUGUCGUCCCCUUCUCCUAGUGCCCUCAAUCUUUCCCAACA